CGUACUUUUGAAUCAAUUUCAGUCUUUGUAGGAAUACGGUUGGAGUCUGUCGAAGACUAUUAUAUUGAGAGCGGUUUUUUCGUGAAAUCGAACAAAGUGGUCAAGGUUUUGAAUUUCAUUACCUACGAUAUUAAAAUAAGUGGAAAACUCAAAAUAUGACAUAGUUGUUCGUUACAUUUCGAAACAAAAAUUGCUAAUAUCAUGAUUAAUAAUUGUUGUAAACGUUGUGUAUUCUUAGUGUCAGUUUUAAUUUUAUUGGGAUUACGCGUUUACGGUAAAACUGAUUCGUACGAGGAAGAAUACGAAGAAUACACUAACCCAGGUCCGUGCAAUGCCUGGCGACCUGGUGACCCUGAUUUGAAUACUUUCGAUCUCAUACAAAACUACAAGUUGGAUCAGUACCAGUAUCAAUCGCAACAUGUACAACGUAUAACUGGUUCAAAUCAAUUCCAAACUGCAUUCCACAUCGAAGAAGAAUCAAAUAUGACCAUCGAAUCUAUUCAAGCAUUCCCACUUGGGGUUCCUAACGAAUUUUCAUUUGAGUGCACCUUUCGAACCCAGCAACCACCCAUUCAGCCAUGGUAUCUAUUCCAGUUGACCAACUACGAAUAUGAAUCUCAAAUGAGUAUGACUAUAAAUCCAAUUUAUAAUACAAUUGAUUUCGCUUUGCCAAAGUAUGACGGAUCUUUGAUGACGGUCUCAUUUCAAGAAUCCAAGCUCUUUGAUGGCUCCUGGCACAAGGUAAUGCUAGGAUUAACUCAAGACAGUGUCCGAAUGUGGGUGGAUUGUAAACCGACUCAAGAUCGAAGUGGAAAUGAGAAAGUGCCAGUAACUCGUGGCCAGAUUGAUGCAGCUGAUGGAUACUUUACGCUAGCUCAAGAUGUCAAAACGGGAAACACGAUACCAAUUGACGUGCAGUGGAUGGUGCUUAGUUGUGACGCUGAGAAGCCUAAUCGAACAACUUGUGAAGAGUUGCCGGACUAUGGUUUGAAGUUCAAGGGUGCCGAUCCUGUUGAUAAGGAAUGGGAAAUAGAACGAAAUCCACUAAUGCCGCUAACGGCAGGAAAUAGUCGAUCAUGUCCUGAACAAUGUCCAGCUGGGCCACCUGGUCCACCAGGGUUGAAUGGUACUCCGGGACAGCCAGGUCUCCCAGGACCACCUGGCCGUACAACAAAUACAAACAGAUUUGGAUUGAUUCCCGAGAAGGGUGAGAAGGGGUCAAUUGGCGAGCAAGGUUUUCCCGGUCCAAUAGGUGAAAUGGGCUUCAAAGGUGAACGGGGUCAAAAAGGUGAACCCGGAGAAAUGUCUUACUCUGGUUUUAUGCGGGAGAUUGGAAAUCAGUUCUAUAAUGAAACUCGAGGCGGUAAGGGAGACAAAGGGGAAAAAGGUUCACCGGGGAAUCCUGGAGUGCCUGGUGUGAUGGGAUUGUCGGAAAUAGGUGAACGAAUAGUAGGACCUGCUGGUCAACCAGGUCAAAUGGGGCCACGGGGUCUAAAAGGCGAACCAGGUGAAUCUGGACCAAUAGGCCCCCCUGGGCGCAAUGGAUUAAGUGGUGCACGAGGUUAUCCAGGUACACCAGGAGCUGAUGGAAGGCCAGGUAUAAUGGGAGUCCCCGGGCUUCCGGGUGAAAUUGGCAAGCCGGGGGAGAAGGGAGAGCCAGGGAGUCUUUCCGACCUCAGUUUAAUUGACGAAUUACAACGCACAAUAUAUAAUGCGAGUAUUGGACGUAAAGGUGAAAAGGGAAGUCCAGGAAUUCCAGGUCCUCCAGGAGCACCGGGAAAUUCUGGAUUGGAUGUGAUUUAUGGAGGAACUUCAUUACUUAAACCAAUUCAAGGUUCACCAGGCCUAAAUGGAGCCCCAGGCCCAAAAGGUGACGAAGGUCCACCCGGAUUGACCGGUCCACAAGGUCCAAUUGGCCCCACAGGCUUUCCGGGCUUAAAUGGAGUGCCUGGAUCGCCAGGGGAGCCAGGUCCAGAAGGACCUCCUGGAGUUCCUGGAGAAAGGGGUCCAAUCGGACAAUGUACUUGUGAAGAUCGAUACAAUCGCUAUACUGCUGCUAGUAACCCAGGAAUUCAAGGUGAACCAGGAAGAGAUGGUAAUCCAGGAGCGCCAGGUAUUCAAGGACAACCUGGUUUUCCAGGGCCUUCUGGUCCACCUGGUAACCCAGGUCCACCAGGUCCUCCGGGAUCGGCUGGAACAGUUUCGUCUUACAACAACAACUUUGAUGAAAAUGAAAUUCGAGAUAUCUGUAUUGGUUACAUAAAGGAAUAUAUAAAUGAGAUUCAAUCAACCUUGGUUGGACCCCCUGGACCACCGGGCAAAGGACGUAUAGGAAGACCUGGACCACCUGGUUCCCAGGGUGCCAGAGGUGACCCCGGUGUGAGAGGACAACCCGGUGACAGGGGCUUCCCUGGCAUUCCUGGGGUUCCAGGUUCACCAGGUACCACUGGCCCGCCUGGACUUGAUGGCCAAAAGGGUGAUAGAGGUGAAGAUGGGAUUGGGCGUGAAGGACCACCAGGACCUAUGGGCCCGCGAGGCUCAGAUGGAAUUGGAAAUGAUGGCUUCCCUGGCAGGCCAGGCGAUCGGGGUGAACAAGGAAGACCAGGUGAAACUGGUCCACGCGGUCCACCAGGACAACCAGGUGUAUGCCCUGAUUGUUCUUAUGCUUACACUGCAGCUUACCCUCUUUACUACCAGCAACAACAAAAUAAAGGCCCACAAAAUAUCAAAGGCUGAGGAAAGUAAAACAACUUUAAAAAUAAUUUGUUAAUUUUAAAUAAAAUUAAGAUACCAGUCGAAAUAUCUUUGUUGACAUUAAAUUA